AUGCCUCUUCAGUCAACUAAUCCUUCCCGACCAACUUCUAGUCCUGGUCGUGGCCGCAGUCGCAGAUCAGCCAAUGUAACUUAUGCCAGCCUUGCCAUCAGAGAAGCCUCUCAGGCGGCGCGUCAGGCACGUUCUGCAAAUGACCGCUCGAGUCGUGAUACCCCCUCUUCUUCUCGACGCAGGGUUCGGCUUCCUUCUGAGGAUUCUGAAUCGGAUGAUCGACCUUUGGCUCACAAACUUCGCCGUCGAGCCCCCAAUCCUAGCCAAGACUCAGGCCCUUCCACUGUUCCUUCUCCUUCACCUCCUGUUGCAACCACUACUCCUAUUCCGAGCCGGGAAGAUGCUCCUCCCGAUCCACCCGAGGUUCCGACCGAGCCUCCGCUAGCUCAACCUUCCACCUCACAACAGCACCCGAGCACUGAAGCCGACCCCUCACAUCACCCUUCACCAACUACCUCAACUCCAGAGCCUUUUCAUGUGCCCCCUUCAGCUCCUUCUGGCUCAGCUGUCGGGCCUUCACAGCCACCACCACCUGUUCAUCACCAUUACCGUACCACUGCUCCUUCUGAGGCUGGAUUAAGGUCACGGCAGGAUGUUUCCACUAGCUCCUUCACAAUGAAAGGUCGUUUGGCCACUUUAUGGGAAGAAACCGUCGUCGCCUCGGCAUUCAGGAAGCAGUCACUGUCAACCGUCGAGGGUGUUGUCAGUUAUCCAGUCCUCGUCGCUCUCGCCACUCACGACGUCACUGUUGGGUCAUCGUCGGUGCUUGAGCAAGAGUUGGUCGUUUCCCCUCUUUUCCCCGGCCACCUCUGCACGGACACAUCCUGGCAGAGCACUCCCUCACUGGUCUCUCCUGGUUUGCCCCCUGUUGUGAUCUGGGUUGCCAAACCAGUGCCGUCGCCUGUGCCCUAUUUGCCGGCCACCAAUUUUUGGUUUCGACUGAUUAUUGUCUACUGUCAGAGACUAGGCAGCAACUCUACUCUUGGGUCCAGCAGCCAUAAUUUCCAGCAACAUUCUUGCUGUGAGAAGUGA